AUGAGCGGGGCGGCCGCGGCCGCGGGGGGCGGGGUCCGGGCGAGGACGGGCUGGGCGAAGCCGGAGCGGCCCGAGCCGGCACAGCCAGAAGCGAGGGGCCGGGCCGAGACAAGACCGACUCUCCGCAGACCGCACCGACCCACCGAAACCACCCAACCCACCGAACCCACCGCCGCCGCGGGCUGCACGGGACCCGGGAGCCGCCUCCCCCAGGAGCCCCAGCAGCGGGCGGAGCCCGCCCAACUUACGCCGGCGUUCGCUUGCGCCCGGCGGGAUUCGAGCUCCGCCUGCGCCCGGCGGGAUUCGGGCUCCGCUUGCAGCCGGCGGGAUUUGAGCUCCGUUUGCAGCCGGAGGGAUUCGAGCCUCCCUUGCAGCCGGAGGGAUUCGAGCCUCCCUUGCAGCCGGAGGGAUUCGAGCCCCGUUGCAGCCGGAGGGAUUCGAGCCCCGUUGCAGCCGGCGGGAUUCGAACUCCGUUUGCAGCCGGCGGGCCGGAGGGAUUUGAGCUCCUCUUGCAGCCGGCGGGACUUGAGCCCCGUUGCAACCGGAGGGAUUCGAGCUCAACUUGCAGCCGGCGGGAUUCGAGCUCAACUUGCAGCCGGCGGGAUUCGAGCUCAGUUUGCAGCCGGAGGGAUUCGAGCUCAGUUUGCAACCGCCGGAGGGCUUCGAGGUCCGCUUGCAGCCGGCGGGCUUGGAGGUCCCGUUGCAGGCGGCGGGCUUUUCGGGCCGGGCGAGGGGAGGAUGCAGCCGGGGGCGUGGGCGUGGGCGUGGGCGUGCCCGUGGGGCCCGGGCCCGGGCCCGCUGUGGGCCUGGGCGGUGUCGGUGCUGGCGCUGGGCUCGGCGGCGCGGGCGCUGGUGUGCCUGCCGUGCGACGAGUCCAAGUGCGAGGAGCCGCGGGGCUGCCCGGGCAGCCGGGUGCAGGCGGUGUGCGGCUGCUGCUACACGUGCGCCCGCCAGAGGAACGAGACGUGCGGCGGCGUGUACGGGCUGCACGGCGCCUGCGACCGCGGCCUGCGCUGUGUCAUCCGCCCCCCGCUCAACGGAGACUCCAUCACCGAGUACGAAGUGGGCGUCUGCGAAGAUGAAAACUGGGAUGAUGACCAGCUGCUUGGAUUUGAACCAUGCAAUGAAAACCUCAUCACAGGUUGCAAUAUAAUCAACGGCAAGUGUGAAUGUGACACCAUUCGGACCUGCAAUAAUCCCUUUGAGUUUCCCAGGCAGGAUGCGUGUCUAUCAGCUCUAAAGAGGAUUGAGGAAGAGAAGCCAGACUGUUCCAAAGCCCGUUGUGAAGUCCAGUUUUCUCCCCGCUGCCCGGAGGACUCCAUUCUCAUCGAAGGCUAUGCCCCACCCGGCGAAUGCUGUCCGUUACCGAGCCGUUGCGUGUGCAACCCGGCGGGCUGCUUGAGGAAAGUUUGCCAGCCCGGGUACCUGAACAUCUUGGUGUCCAAAGCAUCAGGGAAGCCGGGAGAGUGCUGUGACCUUUAUGAAUGCAAACCAGUUUUCAGCGUCGACUGCAGCACGGUGGAGUGUCCGACCAUCCAGCAGGUUGUUUGUCCCCUGGAUAGCUACGAAACCCAAGUUAGACUGACAGCGGAUGGCUGCUGUGCCCUCCCAACGAGAUGCGAAUGUCUCUCUGGCUUAUGUGGUUUCCCCAUGUGCGAGGUCGGCUCCAUCCCUCGCAUCGUCUCUCGUGGAGACGGAACACCCGGAAAGUGCUGUGAUGUCUUUGAAUGUGUUAAUGAAACAAAACCAGCUUGCGUCUUUAACAGCGUGGAGUACUAUGACGGGGACAUGUUUCGAAUGGAUGCUUGUCGCUUCUGCCGAUGCCAAGGAGGUGUUUCCAUUUGUUUCUCCGCGCAGUGUGGUGAGCUGAACUGUGACAGAUACUAUGUGCCUGAAGGAGAGUGCUGUCCAGUAUGCGAAGAUCCAGUGUACCCGUUUAACAAUCCUGCUGGCUGCUAUGCCAGUGGUCAGAUCCGAGCGCACGGUGACCGCUGGAGGGAAGAUGACUGCACUUUUUGCCAGUGUAGCAAUGGAGAACCUCAUUGUGUCGCCACGGCCUGUGGACAGAGCUGCUUGAACCCUGUUAAAGUGCCUGGGGAAUGCUGUCCAGUGUGUGAAGAACCGACGUACAUCACAAUCGAUCCUCCCACGUGUGAGGUGAUUUCCAACUGCACUCUGACUGAAAAGGAUUGCAUUUACAGUUUCCGACUGGAUCACAAUGGUUGCCGAAUCUGCCAGUGCAGAAACCGGGAGGAGCUGUGCACUGCACUCAUAUUAGGUUGUACCCUGGAUUGUCCCUUCGGUUUCCAGACAGAUGCCCACGACUGCGAGAUCUGCCAGUGUCGACCACGGCCGAAGAAGUGCAGACCCAUAAUAUGCGACAAGCAUUGUCCAUUUGGAUACCUGAAGAGCAAGCACGGCUGUGACCUCUGCCGCUGUCAGAAAUGCCCAGAGCUACCCUGCAGUAAAGUGUGUCCAACGGGCCUCCAGCUGGAUAGCCAUGGUUGCCCGACGUGCAAGUGCCGGGAGGCCCCAACUUCUUCAGCAGGACCACCAAUUCAGACUGGCACCUGCCUCUCUAUGGAUGGCCGCCACCACAAAAACGAGGAAAGCUGGCACGACGGUUGCCGUGAGUGCUACUGCCACAAUGGACGGGAGAUGUGCGCCUUGAUCACUUGUCCGGUCCCAGGCUGCAGCAAUCCCACCAUUCACUCCGGACAGUGUUGUCCGUCUUGUUCAGAUGACCUGAUUGUCCAAAAGCCAGAGCUCAGCAGUACGUCCAUUUGCCACGCGCCUGGAGGAGAGUACUUUGUGGAAGGAGAAACAUGGAAUAUCGACUCCUGUACCCAGUGUACAUGCCACAGCGGGCGGGUUCUCUGUGAAACCGAAGUCUGCCCGCCUCUACUCUGCCAGAAUCCCUCCCGCACCCAGGACUCCUGCUGCCCUCAGUGUUCAGAUGAACCUCUUCAGUCUUCCUCUUCAAAUAAUGAGAGCAUGCCUAGUUACUGCAAAAAUGAUGAAGGGGACAUUUUCCUGGCAGCAGAGUCCUGGAAACCUGAUGUUUGCACCAGCUGCAUAUGCAUGGAUGGCAUGAUUAGCUGUUAUUCUGAGUCUUGCCCACCAGCCUCAUGUGAAAGACCUGUCUUGAGAAAGGGCCAGUGUUGUCCCUACUGCAUAGAAGAUACGAUGCCGAAGAAGGUGGUGUGUCACUUCAGCGGAAAGACAUACGCCGAUGAGGAGCGUUGGGACAUAGACAGCUGCACCCACUGCUACUGCUUGCAGGGUCAGACUCUGUGCUCCACGGUCAGCUGCCCACCUCUGCCCUGUACUGAGCCCAUCAACGUCGAGGGAAGUUGCUGCCCAAUGUGUCCAGAGAUGUAUAUACCUGAGCCCACCAAUAUCCCCAUUGAGAAGACAAACCAGCGUGGAGAGAUUGAACUUGAAGUACCGAUUUGGCCCAGCCCCAGUGAAAAUGAAAUCGGCCACCUCCCCCGAGAUAUGGGUCACCUUCAAGUGGGCUACAGAGAAGGUAGUGAACCGCACCUAAAUGAAGAUACUUCUUUCGACUCUGUUGCCUGGGUUACGGUUCCAGUAGUAACCGCCCUGAUCCUUAUAAUUGCCCUCUUGCUAAUCAAUCGGAAAAAACAGUGGAUACCGGUACCCUGCUAUAGAACACCAACUAAGCCUUCAUGCCUCAACAAUCAGCUGGUGUACGUGGAUUGCAAGAAAGGAACCAUGGUGCAAGUGGAUAGUUCCCAGAGAAUGCUAAGAAUUGCUGACCCGGAUGCAAGAUUCAGUGGCUUCUACAGCAUGCAAAAACAGAACAACCUACAGGCAGAUAAUUUCUAUCAGACAGUGUGAGGACCUGCGGCGUUGGCGAGGUUUCGAGAGACAGAAAGAGACUGACUCUGCUAUUAAAAUUAAACUAGAAUUUGUGCACUUGCUUAGUGGAUUGUAUUGGAUUUGUGACUUCAUGUACAGCUCUAAGACUUUCCUGGGAUGGGCUCUGUCUUUACCGCAAUGUGCCAGAACAAGCAUUCCCACUCUUCCUCAUGAUAACUGACCAAGUGUUUUCUUAGAACCAAAGUUUUCAAAGUCGUUACGAUGCAUUCGCUUGUAAUUUAGCGCUAGAGAA